AUGAAGGCAGAUAAAAUCCAUGCUCAAUCUCCGUCUGAUAAUGGUGAACAAGAUGGAAAAGAACUAUUGUCACCGGGGGAUUCUUUAGAGAACGAGAAAGUUGACGAAACUCCGUAUUUGAUUGGCGAACAUAAUGGCAAACCUCAAAAUUCUGAUGAAGGCGGUUCCCAGACGCAACCAUUGGAUUCCACGUCCUCAACAAUAGCAGAGCCUAUCAACUCCAAAACAUACGACGACUAUUCUUGGAGGCGGCUUCCUUUGGAAAUCCAGGAAGCUGCGAUACGUUUGGGUUACACAAAAGAAAUGUGGAAUGAAGACCUAGAGCCAGAGUCGUCCAACAAGGAUUGGGAGGAGCUCGAUCCAGAAGAACAAGAGGCUGCCAAAGCCUUGGGAUACGACAAAACAACCUGGAACUCGGAAGAUGAGGAAAAGACACCGAAAGACUAUGAUCCGUUGUCCUGGAAAGAGCUUCCGAAACAGAUUCAGGAAGCCUAUGGCGUUCUCGGUUAUGACAACGAACUAUGGAAUCGGGACAGGUCACAUGCUACACUUGAAAAAGACUGGGAUGAACUGACGGAAGAAGAGCAAAAGGCAGCAACAACGAUAGGGUACACGGCGGAAUUAUGGAAUGAAGAUUCUGGCGAAAAGGAUCGAGAUGUGGAGUCUUCUCAAAUUGAACGAGCUCCUUUGGUGGAAGAGCCAGCCAACGCGAAAAAGUAUAGAGAUUGUUCCUGGGACGAGCUUCCUAGCGAAGCCCGAGAUGCAGCAGAGCUCCUUGGAUACACCAAAGCAGGUUGGAACGAAAACAAGGAACCAGAUGUGACGAACGAGUAUUGGGAGGAGCUAAAGUCAGAACACAAAGAGGCCGCUGAAAUUCUGGGAUACAACGAAACACUAUGGAACUUUGGCGAUAAAGAGGUGAGCCCCGGAGACUAUGACGAUAUGUUUUGGAAUCAGCUUCCGAAAAAGAUCCAGCAAGCCUACCAAUUGCUCGGUUAUAACGACGACCUAUGGGAUCGGGACGAGUCGCCGGCUGCCAUUGACAAAGACUGGGACGAUCUGACGGAAGAAGAGAGAAAUGGAGCUAUGGUAGUGGGUUAUACAGAAACGACAUGGGAUGACGACGAUUCGGACGACGAAGAUGAUGUCGCUGGACAUCAAAAUGAACUCAUUGGCAUUCGUGGAGAAGUUGCUGAGUUCUUGAAGGGUUCGUCAUAUAUUCUGCUGGAUUGUAUGUCCAUGUCGGCUUUCUUUGGUGUUAUUGAAUCGAUCUUCUUGAUUGGGAAAUUAUUUCUAAGCGACCACGCAGUCAACGCCAUAAAGAUUUUGUUUGGACUGUCUAUAAUGCAAUUCAGUGGCCAAUUGCGCAAGUGGCUUGGAGCUGAAAAACAAACCAAGAAAGCACGGUCACGCAAAAAGCGAGAAGAGACAACUCUGUUCCGUUCGUUCUUGAAUGUGUUCUCGUGGUGGACAACAUUUGCUGGUGUUAGCCACUUUUUUAAUGCGUUUAAAAAGGACUACCUGUAUAAGCAAGCGGAAGAGUGGUUCCAGAAUUUCUAUGAAUUGGCGGAAGAAGCGUUUGAAGCGGAAUUGACGAGUGGAACAGCAACAGGAAACAUAACAUGCUCCUAUGUCGAAAACUUCGAUUUCAACCAAACAAUAGGAGGCUAUAUCAUUGGAAAAGCCUGUGCACUAUCAGAUAGCAAGUGGGAGUCGAUUGGUCAUUUCUACUGCUGCCUCGUGUUUAUUGCCUCGGCAUUGCCGUUGUGGUUUCUUUUUGGAGACAACUUCUUGAAGGGUUGCGAUGUUUGA